AGUUGGGUGAUGCUGUCAGGACUUGCACGCAGCUUCUACCCCGGGGACCGACCAGCAAGCAUGUCUACUUUCAGAGCAGCACCUCCUCAGUCCUCCUACAGGAAGAUGUUCGGCGGAGAUAGAACCGUGAGAAGCAGCUACUCCAGCCGCCAGUAUUCCGCUCCCAUGCGCACCAACCGGGUGUUGUCUUAUGGAGCAGCCGGGGGCGCCGGCGGCAGGGUCUUCGCCACCAAGACGCAGCGUCUGCGCAGCAGCAGCGCGGCCAUGCCCCGGCUGGCGUCGGAGCAGCUGGACUUCUCGCUGUCCGACGCCAUCAACAGCGAGUUCAUCGCCAACCGCACCAGCGAGAAGGUCCAGAUGCAGUCGCUCAACGACCGCUUCGCCAGCUACAUCGAGAAGGUGCGCUUUCUGGAGCAGCAGAAUAAGAUCUUGCUCGCCGAGCUGGAGCAGCUCCGCGGCAAAGGCACGUCGCGAGUCGGCGAUCUGUACGAGGACCAGAUGAGGGAGCUGAGGCGCCAGGUGGACCAGCUGAGCAACGAGAAGGCUCGGGUGGAAGUGCAUCGGGACAACUUGGCCGAUGACAUCGGGAGGCUCAGGGACAAGUUGCAGGAUGAGAUGUCCCUGAGGGAAGAGGCCGAGGCAAACAUGCAGGGCUUCCGUCAGGAUGUGGACAACGCUGCCCUUGCCAGACUGGACCUAGAGAGGAAGGUGGAAUCCCUCCAGGAGGAAAUCGACUUCCUCAAGAAGCUGCAUGAUGAGGAAAUAGUGGAGCUGCAGAACCAGAUCCACAUGCAGCAGCAUGUGCAGGUGGACAUGGACGUGGCCAAGCCGGACUUGACGGCCGCUCUGAGGGACGUCCGCCUGCAGUAUGAGAACCUGGCUUCCAAAAACAUCCAGGAGUCUGAGGAGUGGUACAAAUCCAAGUUUGCUGACCUCACUGAAGCGGCCGUUCGCAACAAUGAAGCUCUGAGGCUGGCCAAGCAGGAGGCCAACGACUACAGACGCCAGGUUCAGGCUGUCACCUGUGAGGCUGAUGCUCUCAAGGGGACCAACGAGUCGCUGGAGCGGCAGAUGCGAGAGAUAGAAGACAAUUUCUCAGCCGAGACGGCGGGCUAUCAAGAGACGGUGGCUCGCCUGGAGGAUGAUAUUCAUAACAUGAAGGAUGAGAUGGCUCGCCACCUGCGGGAGUACCAGGACCUCCUCAACGUCAAGAUGGCCCUGGACAUCGAGAUCGCCACCUACAGGAAGCUGCUGGAAGGAGAGGAAAGCAGAAUCUCCACCCCAAUGCCGAACCUCUCCUCUCUCAACCUGAGAGAAACCAUGAUUGACUACAAACCUCAAGUGGAAACCUCAACCACCAAGAAGGUUUUCAUCAAGACCAUCGAGACCAGAGACGGUCAGGUGAUCAACGAGUCCACCCAGAACCACGAUGACAUGGAGUAAUAAGACCCUGGCUGAAAACAAAACGCACAAACAAAUAUGAAGAUGUUCACUGGCUCUGCACUCAUAGCUCUUAAAAGUGCCUUUUAUAUGUCAUGAUUUGGUAAGCUUAGUUUGAAACGAUGUUUUUAGCCAUUUCUGUUCUUUUUCUCGUCUCGGACACAAUAAAUUGCUACUGUCCACACAUAAUCACACAAAAGAUCUCAGUUGUAGUCAACCUUUCGCUAGAUUCAGUAUGCACACGACCAAAUGCUAAACACGCCACCGUUGCCUCGUAUUCAGCAAUAAACUAAUGAGACCGUCA